AGUAAGCAAGUUGUCUGCGCAUGCGCGCUCCGUUCUCCCGGCUCGGUUACCGUGGCGCCGUUAGCAGUCUGUGUGAGGAGCCGGGGCAGGUCACGUGGUGCUGGCUGGGAGCCGAGUGUUAUCUGCCCGGCUUGGGGGGAGGAAGCGAGACCCAACCCACCGGGGCCCCCAGGGGCCACAUCGCUCAACUGCAGCAUGAAGGGUAGAAUGAAGUAUGCGAUGCCUUAUCUGCCUGCUGCACAGGGAGAGUGUGAUAGGGAGGGUGUAUUUGCUAUUGAGGACAGAUUGAGCCUAAUCCCAGAGAAGCCCAAAGAAGGAGACUCCAGGGUCCAGAUUUGGAGUUAGGCACCUUUGUAUGUAAGCAUGCCGGAGAUGACUCAAAAUGAGACUUCUACUAAAACCAGACACAGGAAGAAAAACAGGGAGAGUCACAAUGAGGUGGAGAGACAUCGCAAGAAAAAGAUAAACUCUGGAAUAAAUCGCAUUGGUGACCUCAUCCCAUGUUCUCCCGCAUUGAAGCAGAGUAAGAAUAUGAUCUUGGAGCAGGCCUUCAAAUAUAUUACUGAACUCAAGAGGCAAAACGAUGAACUCCUCCUCAAUGGUGGGGACAAAGAGCAAGCUUGCGAAAUCAAAAAGCUUAGAAAGGAACUGGCGGAGCUCCAGAAAGAGAAUUCUCGAUACAUAGAACUUCUGAAGAGUAAUGACAUCUGUCUGUAUGAUGACCCGACCCUGCAUUGGAAAGGGAAAGCGCGUAACUCCAAGACUUCCUUGGUGGCUUCUCCAGAUCAAGUCCAGAAGCUCCCCCUCUGCCUAAAUAGCAGCCAACUGAGUUCCGCUAACCAGGGGUCCACUGUGCAUGGGAUAACUUUCAACGUUAGUCAGAAUCUACAGAAGCAGACUGCGAAUGUUGUUCCAGUGCAAAGGACAUGUAACUUGGUAACACCCAUCACAAUUUCUGGUGUCUACCCUUUAGAAAACAAAACCUGGCAACAAAGUGCAGUGAUUGCAUCCACAUCCAGUCAGCACAUACCACUGUGUCUUCCUGUCGUCACUUCAGCUCCAAAUACUAAUGAUGUCCCUGCGUCCAAGGGACAGCCGAAUGUUGUUUUCCCUGUAAGCAGUGCAUCUGUUCUUUCUUUCCUAAAUGGUUCUACAAGCCAGUUUCAGUGCUCUUCCAGCCAAACAUCACAAGAGACCAACACUGGUGAAAAUAUGGUUGCACAGCCCUUGGUCUCUUUACCCAACAACGCUUCAUCGACCUGCAGCAGCCUUCCAUCAAGCCUUCUGCCGCUGGUUUCGGAAGUAUCACAGGCCUCUGUGUCUGAAAUAAGUUUACAGGAGCAUUCAAAUCUUCUCCAGGGGAGGUAUUCUGGAGUCACUAGCUGUUCUGAAACUGUAAAAGAUGUAGUCCAGGAGAUUUUCCCCAACAUUGAUAUUGAUUCUAGCCCUGAAGUAACAGUCUCAUCAAUAACAUCCACCCUGGGAAAUCAAGCUGCAUCUGCUACAAACUUAUUGACGUCAAGUCCUCUGGAAAAUAGCUGGUCACUUCCUAUAACUUUAUCUUCUCCUGAACUGAAAAACGUUAGCAGCUUAACACGGAUUUCUUCCGAUGGAAAUACACAAACCACAUGGACAACAUUGCAGUUAGCAGGGAAUACCAUACAGCCAUUAAGCCAGACAUCUUCCACAGUUAUUCCCAUGUUGUUAACUGAGCAACAAACAUGCUCCAAAGAUGCCAAUAGUAACAAACUAAUAGCAGCAUCCGUAAACCUGAAUACUUCAGAAGGCAGAUCUGUUGAGGUGAUGAAAAUCCCACCUGGCUUGCAAGUACCAGCGCAGAUGAUCCACUCCCAGUCGCAAAGUGCACCUAACCUACUCCCUCUGAAUCCUCCUGUUCAAGUAAUUCAGGUGGCUCAGCCUGUCAGACCUGCUCUAAACCCAGUCCCAGCCAAUCAGAACAUCAUAUUGCUUCAGCCUCCAGCAGCAGCUCCUUGUCCACCUGUCUUACGGACUGAUGUUCCCAAGCCAGGGGUGGGGCAACAGAUUGUUAUUAUUCAAGCAUCUCCAAACCAAACUCCUCUUCCUAUAAUGUCUGCUCAGCCAGCCCCAUCUGUAGUGUUGCCUCUUAAUGCAGGAAGCCAUGUUGUGUGUCCAACAAACACUGUGCAAAAUGCUGUUGCCCCCCAGACAUUUGGUGGAAAGCAUCUUGUUCAUAUAUUACCAAGACCUACACCAGUCCCAUCAACUAGCCCCGUGCAGUCUGUUCCUGUCUCUACAGUCUCCUCAAACCAGCAGCCACCAACAAUCUCCUUGAAUGGACAUUUGUUUGCUCUUCAACCAGUGACUCUGUCAACUGGUACAGCCAAUCAAACCCCAAUGCAGAUUAUCCAACCUACCACCAGUGAGGAUCCCAACACGAAUGUGGCUCUCAACACUUUUGGUGCUUUGGCCAACCUUAGUCAGAGCAUAUCCCAGAUGGCAGGUCAAAGCUGCUUACAAUUUACUCUCAACCCCCCUGCACCUUCGUUAACGGGAGCUAAUGUUCCUGUUAAUUGUAUUCCUGUGACAGGGACCAGCACGGCUGUAGUAACCACAGAGAGUACAAAUAGUUUGCCAGUCACUUCCAGCCCAACAAACCUUUUCCCUGGAAAAAACGCUGGAGGAUCGCCUUCAAAUGUGAAACCAAAGAAGACCAUAAAGAAGCCCAGUACUAAGAAAUCUUCUAAAAAGGAGAUCUCGAUAUCCAACAAAUCCAAUUCGUUCGGUGCAGAAUCUUCGAAUGAGCAGUCAAAUGGAGAUAAUCUUGAACAACUGGAAAGUACGUCUGUUUUGGUAAAUACAACCAGUACUGUGCAAGAGAAACUUGAUUCGGUAGGCAAUGAAGUCGUCACCCUGGAAGGAUUAAAUUCCAGUGGGGAGACCUGUAUGCUUUCUAAUUCUGUCUCAGGGGAGCCGUUUUCGGGAGAGUUUGCUGGCUGCAGAGAUCUUCUUCCCAGUGCAGAUGUUUGUUUAAAUCAGGAUGAUCACAUUACGCCUUCAGAGCCUCCAGAAUCAUUUAAGGAUUGUGCUGUAACUACUGUAUCCUCCAUACUUCCGACAGCUCAGAUGCAAGAGUCUUCUGCUACCAAAGUAUCUGAAGAUCAAACUGUACUAACCACAGGCACGAUUGCGGAUGCUGUUGAUGUUUCCAAAGCUUGUGUUCUCCAAGAAGACUCUUCAAGUUUAACUGCUACCGAUCUCCUGGAAGUCCAGAUUCUGGCAGAUGAUCCAAAAGGAAGAUCUCCUUCUCCAAAGGUAGCAACUAAAGAAGUUCUUCAUUCUGGACUGUUUUACAGAAAGGUUAAAUCAAAAGAAGUUACAUCUGCUGAACAUGCAAAGGAAGACCCUCUACUUGUGAACACCCCAGCAAGUCAUGGUACACAGCAUCAGCCUUGUGUUUCUGUGCAAGAAAUAGUGGCUAGUGGUUCUUGUGUUACUAAUAGACAGACUGAUUCUCCUCUUUCCACCAGCUCUGGAAGUAGCCGUAACUUUUCUGUUGCAUCAAUGUUGCCAGAUGUCAGUCGAGAAGAUGUUACUAGUGGUACAAUGACCUCAUCAUUCAAUGGUUGUUCUUUUACAGAACAAAAUGAUAUUGUCGCUGUGGCUGCAAGAGUUAUUUUUGACCAGGAAAACCUCCCCAAAGGAAGAGCAAGAAUUCAGACAGAGGUUAGAAGUGAUGUUUCUAGGGUUGCUGAUUCUGAAAUUUCAGCAGGGGAUUGCAGGCACCCUUACAAGUCACAUAUGGCAAAAGAAAACCUUGCUGUUCAUUCAACAUCUAGUACUUUUAAUUCUCUAGAUUCGAGUACACACCCUGGUGUAAGUCAGCUAUCAGAGAAAACCAAUUGCCCCGUGAAAAUUAACACAAAUCUUUCUCUGCAAAUUUCAACAUCUCAAUCCCAAAGUAUGACGAGUUUAAGCAUAAAUAAUUUAAUACACCAAUCUGGCAUGAACUCAAAUGUUAACCGUGCCAAUAUUGCCCAGACGUCUACAACUUCGAACACACCUGCCACACUCUCUAGCACCUACAAAAAACAAACACAAGUGUCUUCUGCCUCAGAGUUCUCUCAGGAGCAGCUGCAUACUAUAAGGGCCACCGUCAUGCAGGUGACUCGUGCCAACGAUUCCACUUUAAAACACGGUGAGACCAGGAAAGAGUCAAACAAGCGUUGUGCCCAAGAGGACAGCUUGAUUUCGGCAGCCAAGAGACAAAAACAGUGUCAAGCAUCUGUGAGACAUGAAAGGUUGCAGGCUCAAGAGAAUCUCUCUGAACAAAAUGUAGUCUUGGUUAGCCAUGUGCCUUCAAUUCCUUCCUCGUCUUUGUCCUCAAGUAACCAGGGACAUGGAGAUGGACUCGCCACUCUGUUCCCAUCAAGUAGUAACUUUAACACAAACCUACGUCAGACAGAAAUGCGUUGCAGUUCUCAACCUGCCGUUUCAGAACAGAGUCAGAUGGGUGUUCAGCAGCUCCACUCUUUACAGCAUACCCCUAAUCCGAUAUCCCUCUUGCAUAGCAACCAGUACCUAAAGCAACAGCAGGCCAGUCAUUUAAGGGAGCAGCAUCACCAUUAUCAACAGCAGCAUCAUAUUUCGCACUCUGACACCACUAUCCAUUCUCAGUCUCACAAUGUGCAGCAGCAGCAAAGGCUCCUGCAGCAUGAUGUGCAGAUACAGAAGAAAAGAGGACCUGUGCAAGGUGGCCAGGCUACGAGGCUGUCUUUACAGCAGGAUCAUCACCUCUCUGAGCAGAAUCGUCAAAAGGGCGGUCAACAACAUCCUCACCACCAGCAGUUGCCUCCUCACUUUGGGUCUUCACAGGUUGAAAAAGCCUGUGAUAAUAAUGCGCCAAGUCGAAACCAUCAUGGCAGUCACCCCCCGAGCCACGUAAGUCAGGAAAUACUUCACCAGCAUCAACAGGAUGUUGGCAGCAGACAGCAAGGGUCGGUGGUGUCAGAGCAUUUAUCUGGACACAACCAGGUACAGAGACUUAUGACUUCAAGGAGUUUAGAACAACAAAUGGUCUCCCAGGCAAGUGUAGUUUCCAGACCCACCAAUAUGACGUGCGCCCCACACAGGCAGGAGAGGAAUAGAGUUUCCAGCUAUUCUGCUGAAGCACUAAUAGGCAAGAGCACAUCAAACUCGGAGCAAAGAAUGGGAAUUACAAAUCAAUCGUCUAGGCUACCCGAUCAGCUGGAAAUGAGGAAAUACUUGGAUAUUUCCAGAAAUAAAGGUUUAUCGGUUCACAACCUACAAGGGCACAUGUCCAUAGACCACAAUGUUAAUACGGAGACUGGUCAGAGACUCCCUGAUUGUCAAACCUUCAAAACGGCCAGUUCCUCUCAGCAGCAAUCCGGAGUCUUUGAGGUACAGACUUCAAGAAAUAAUGACGCUAAUGCGGUUACUUCUAUGAGAGGCAUGCAAUCACAAGCUUACAGAAUCAAUCACAAUCCUAAUUCAUCCAUGGAUCGGCAAAAGCAUUUACCAUAUCAGCCGAUGCAGGAUGGUCAAAUUACAAACACUCUUCCGAAUAGAGACAAUGAAAAUUCAUGUCAUCAGAGCUUCAUGCAGAGCUUGUUAGCCCCACAUAUUGGAGAACAGGUUAGUGUGAGUCAGAGAUCAAUAUCAGGUCAUCAAAGAUCACAAUAUAAUUCAUCUUCCGGAAUUGAAUACACCUGUCCUCCUCCCACACGUGAAAGUGUCCACCUCCGAAGAGAGAAUGAUGGGCCAAACAGGGAAAGCUGUGAUUUGGCAAUGGGACAAGUGACUUCUAGAAACAAUUCUUUAAGUAUCCCUUUCUCUAGUUCCUCGUCCUCAGGAGAUAUUCAAAACCGAAACACAAGCCCUCAUCCUUCAUUGCAGAAGUCUGCCAUGCGGCCGCCUGAUAGUCAAGGAACAAAGAAUCACUUGAAUAUUCAAGUUUCUAUAAACAUGCAUGGAGUGGUUCAUCCUGCUGUGCCUCAUCAGCCAGUGUCCCAUGGAAAUGUUGACCAGAGGCAAAUUGUCAGACAAGGUAAUCCUCCAAUAGCUCAACGUUCAAGACACCCUUUGCAAGAUGAGGCAGACUCUAAGGUCCGUCAGCCUGAAAGAACUCGUACCGGAAACCAAAGGCACAGCAAUAUGUUUGACCCUACUCUGCCUCACCUUCCGCUAGCUGGCCCUGGCGCUAUGAUUCUUGGACGCCAACAGUCUGUAACUGAGAAGAGGACUGGCAUUGUUAGAUUCAUGCCAGACAGUUCUCAAGUGACCACUGACAAUCCAAAUCCUGACCAGCAUUCACUGACUCAAAAUUUUGGAUUCCCCUUUAUUCCUGAAGGUACAAUGAACCCACCAAUAAAUACAAACCCAUCGUUCAUGCCUCCAGUCACACAGGCCACUGCCACUCGCACACCUGCCUUAAUACCGGUAGAUCCGCAAAAUACAAUACCUUCUUUUUAUCCUUCUUAUUCACCAGCUCAUCCAAGUUUAGCCAAUGAUCUUACCAUCCCUUAUUUCCCAAACCAAAUGUUCUCAAACCCCAGCACAGAAAAAUCCAGCAGCACAAGUUUAAACAAUCGAUUUGGAUCCAUACUAUCUCCUCCACGGCCUGUUGGCUUCUCCCAGACUACGUUUCCCCUUCUUCCAGACAUGACUCCAAUGCACAUGACCAACCCAUCGCACCUGUCCAACUUCAACCUAACCUCCCUCUUUCCAGAAAUUGCCGCUGCACUUCCUGCGGAUGGAUCGGCCAUGUCACCUUUACUGCCCCUAUCUCACUCAUCAAAUUCAGACUCUUCUAAACAGUCCUCAAAUCGCCCUGCACACAAUAUAAGCCAUAUACUGGGUCACGACUCCAGCUCGACUGUUUAAAAGGCAUUAAUGGACCUACAGAUUUUGCAUUCAGAUUUCUUGAUGAUUGUGUGUUUUUAUUUUUUUUUUAUUUUUUCCAUUCUGUAAUGUCUACAUUUUGUUGGGGAGUAAUUUACGGUUAAGAAAAGCAAUGUUAUGGUGGUUAUUGUGUUUGUGACAUACUUGUUUGCUCGUCUGAAUCAGUGUAUAGCAUUUCAUCCUGCAGAUUUACCAUCCAACCAUGAUAUGAUUUUAAUCCCUGCAAAUAAUUAUUUUUUGUGUGUGUGUAACCCAGGAGGACUAACAUCCAGUUUAAAUGACAUGCUAAUGUUAUAUAUGACAUUUUAGUUUGAUUGAGAUUUUAUCACAUUAUUGAUAGAUCAUUAGGCCGUUGUGGAUAGAAUAUUCCUCUGCUGAGCUUUCACGGUGCAUGUAUUGAGCAGGUCUGCCCUUGCUGUGAUGAGACAAAGGAUUGGAUUUAUCACACCAUGUCACAUUUUGUAUUUUCUACUCCGCAUCAUCCAGAUAAAUGGAUAUAACUUUUUUUAUUAUUAUUAUUUGCGCCUCAUUAGGCUAACCAGGGGAAAAUAGCACAACUUAUAUAGUCUACAAUGCUGUAAA